CGCGCACUCCCUCGCUCAGUCCCCGCGCCGCGCGCCUCCUCCGGCCACCGCCGCCGCACCGGCCCGACGCCUAGCCCGACGCCUAGCCCUUGCUCUGCCGGCCUCCCGCCCCGGGCCCUGCCGCCGCCGCCCUGACCGGGCCAGAGGGGACGCCGCCCAGCGCCGCUGCUGUCGUCCGGCACCGCGCCCGCCCCGUCGUUGCUCGCCACCAUGGGGCUCCUGCCCAAGCCAGGCGCGCGACAGGGCAGCGGCGCCUCCUCGGGCUCAGCCGGCCGCUGUUCCCGCUCCUUCUUCGGCAACAUUAAGGUGUUCGUGCUCUGCCAUGGCCUCCUGCAGCUCUCCCAGCUCCUGUACAGCGCCUACUUCAAGAGCAGCCUCACCACCAUCGAGAAGCGCUUUGGCCUCUCCAGUUCUUCCUCGGGUCUCAUUUCCAGCCUGAAUGAGAUCAGCAACGCCAUCCUCAUCAUCUUCGUCAGCUACUUUGGCAGCCGGGUGCACCGUCCACGGCUGAUUGGCGUUGGGGGUCUCCUCCUAGCUUCGGGUGCCUUCGUCCUCACCCUCCCACACUUCCUCUCAGAUCCCUACCAGUACACCGUGGCCAGCAUCGGGAACAGCAGCCUCCUCCACACCGAGCUCUGUCAGAAGCAUUGGCAGGACCUGCCGCCCAGUAAGUGCCACAGCAGCACCCAGGACACCCAGAAGGAGACCAGCAGCAUGUGGGGUCUCAUGGUGUUCGCCCAGCUGCUGGCAGGCAUUGGGACAGUGCCCAUUCAGCCGUUUGGGAUCUCCUACGUGGACGACUUCUCGGAGCCCAACAACUCGCCCCUGUACAUCUCCAUCUUAUUUGCCAUCUCCGUAUUUGGACCGGCUUUUGGGUACCUGCUGGGCUCUGUCGUGCUGCAGAUCUUUGUGGACUAUGGCAGGGUGGACACAGAGUUAAUUAACUUGAGCCCUGGAGACCCCCGCUGGAUUGGAGCCUGGUGGCUGGGCCUGCUCAUUUCCUCGGCCUUCUUGGUUUUCACCUCCUUCCCCUUUUUCUUCUUUCCUCGCACAAUGACCAGAGGAGUGGAGACGUCUCCUGCCAUGACGGACGAGGCAGUGAAGAUGACAGUCAAGCCAAGAAGCUCUCUGGUGGAUUUCAUUAAACGGUUUCCCCGCAUCUUCCUGAAGCUCCUCAUGAACCCUCUUUUCAUGCUGGUGGUCCUGGCUCAGUGCACCUUCUCCUCCGUCAUCGCCGGCCUCUCCACAUUCCUCAACAAGUUCCUGGAGAAGCAGUAUGGUGCCUCCACGGCCUAUGCCAACUUCCUCAUCGGUGCUGUGAACCUCCCCGCCGCGGCCUUGGGGAUGCUGUUUGGAGGAAUCCUCAUGAAGCGUUUUGUUUUCUCUCUGCAAACCAUUCCCCGCGUGACUGCCACCAUCAUGACCAUCUCCAUUAUCCUCUGUAUCCCUCUCUUCUUCAUGGGAUGCUCCACCCCAAUCGUGGCGGAGGUGUACCCACCUAGCACAUCAAGUUCUAUACACCCACAGCCUCCUGCCUGCCGCAGGGACUGCUCGUGCCCGGACUCCAUCUUCUACCCGGUCUGUGGAGACAAUGGGGUAGAGUACCUCUCCCCGUGCCACGCGGGCUGCAGCCACAUCAACGUCAGCUCCGUAGCCUCCAAGCAACGGAUCUAUUUGAACUGCAGCUGUGUGACCGGGGGAUCUGCUUCAGCAAAGACAGGAUCGUGCCCCAACCCCUGCGCCGACUUCCUGCACUCGACCAUCUUCCUCAUCUCCUUCGUGUCCCUCAUCGCCUGCAUCUCCCACAAUCCCCUCUACAUGAUGGUUCUGCGUGUGGUGAACCAGGAAGAAAAGUCGUUUGCCAUUGGGGUACAGUUCUUGCUGAUGCGCCUGCUGGCCUGGCUGCCCUCUCCAGCCCUCUACGGCCUCACCAUCGACUACUCCUGCAUCCGGUGGAACUCACAGUGCUCAGGGCGGCGAGGGGCCUGCGCCUACUACAACAACGACGUUCUCCGAAACAGGUACCUGGGCCUGCAGGUGGGCUACAAGGUGCUGGGCACGCUGCUGCUCUUCUUCGUCAGCUGGCGGGUGAAGAAGAACAAGGAGUACAACGUGCAGAAGGCCGCGGGCCUCAUCUGAGCCUUGGCCCUGGGCCCGGCACCUCCGGCUCCAGAGCGUGGACCUGCCCUUCCAUGCCUGCCUGUAUUUACUCAUGUUAAUAUGUCAUUUCCUUUCUGUGUUUUAAAUAAGAAGACAACCCCAGGCACCAUUUGCCUUCCCUGCCUCCUCCCAAAGGCUCCCCACUCAGGCUUACUGUGCUCCUGGGCUGGGUGGGCACAGAGCUGCAGGGCGGGGUCUUCACUGGCUCCUCGGGAGGGACCCACAUCCCACGUGCUCCUCAGUGCUGGGUCCUCCAGAGAGGAUGCCCCCGAGGCAGCCCUGACCAGUCCUGUGGGGAGUGUGGGGGAGGGGGAGGGUCCUAACUGGAGAAAGAAAAGGGGUAUCUACCCAGAGAAAGGAGGGUGUGGGCUGAGUGGGCUAGGAGAUGGGGGAGCCUGGCUGUAAGCCCGUUUUACAUCUGGGUUCAGCAUCAGCACAGAACCCAAGAGGGGCCGGCUCCCCUGCUCUCAGACUUUCCUUCCGGCCCCAAGAGGCCAUUUGGGAGCUGCCACGGUGGGAAGGUCAGCCAGCUGGUCCCCUCCAGGUACCACACUCAGGCACUAGAGCAGGGACCAAGACCCGAGGAUAGGUCAUCCAGAUACUGUUCACAUUAAUUCUAGGCCCUUCUGUACCUGGGCCUGGGCCUGUUUGUCUCUGUCUUUCUCGGGGGGAUAUUUCAAACUACGAAAGCCACACCACAGUGAAGACCCGAGGAAGGCUGUGAAAUGGUCCUGCUGCCCAGCCUCCCACCCCCACAGUGUGGGGACAAGACCCCUCAUCUCAGAGUGAUGGGAAGACCCUCUGCCUGUUUCCCUGGGAGCGGAUGAGGCAGCUUCCCGCGGGGCUUCCCUGUCCGAACUUCAGAUGCCACAGAAUAAGGAGAGGCAGCCCAGGAUGACAGCAAAGCAGGUGACAAAGCUGAGGGAAGGUCCAAAGCUGCCAAGCUGGAUGAUGAGCUGCAGCCCACAAAACAGAGGCUGGCGAGGUUGACUUUCGUGGUUUCACACACACUGGUUUUCAUCUAUGUUUUCUCGCCUCAUCUCACUGUCUCCGGAGGUGGCGCCCUCUAUGGCCAGAGUCGAUACUGCAGCCGUGCGGUAGAGGUUCACAGUUAGAGCCAACAAAGGAGGCCUUCCAUCCACAAAUAUAUUUAUUGGACUUUGUGCAGGGCAUUGUUAGUACAGGGCUCUCCACUGAGCAUCACUGCGACCCCACCUGCCCCCUCUCCAUCGACACGAGGGCCUCCUCCCAGAGUGUGCAGCGGGGGGAACGGGGAAGGCGCAGCAAAAAUCCGGAGAUAACAGGAUCUUGGCCGUCCCUGGUGCCCAGACUGACCCUGCACCUGUCCAUUUGCCAGGCAGAGGCCUGGCUGCACCGUGUCCUCCGGGGUGGCUGGGCUCUGGUCACUGCCACAUGUGCAUCUCUUGAGGCCACUCCUCGUGGAAGACUCUUCCAGAAACAUAUCAGAAGCGACCUCUGCAAAGGCCAAAACAUUGUGUCAAUGGCCAGACUGCCAGGAGACUGAACUUGGUGAAAGCCAUGAUCACAGCAGCCUUAUUUCCAAAGCCACCAGCCUUAUUUCCAAAGACCUCACUCAGGAAGGGGGGCUCCGUACAACCUCAGGGGCCAGGUUCAGCAUUUAAAAUGGUCCUGCUUGGAAAAUGAUUCCCUGCAACUAACCCUGGUCUUUCUUGCUGUCAUUUAAAUUCUGAAGGCACUGCCUCCCGCUGAGUUCAUGAGCGGUGGAUGCCAACCUUCAGAUUCUGGAAGAUCAGUUGCCUUCCCGAGCCUUUAUUCUAUUGUGAUGUUGCUAUUAAUAUAUUAUAGUUUUGCUAUUGA